AUGAGGGCAUUAUUUACAGAAAACAAGAUACAGUUUUCAAAAACACAAUCUGAGACAUGUAAGGGGAGCCAUCGCACAAUUCAACACACAUUUUCACCGAUAGAUCAUAAAAGAGCUGCUGAAGGUUGGCUGAUUAAGGCAUCGCAGCCUAAGCCUGUGUUAUGUAAUUCGAUACAUUCCAUCACUGGUUUUUUACGAUCCAUAAAAGAAGUUUACAUAACGGCGCAAAGUUUGGCCGAAAUCUAA